GAAGUUAGCCCCACGUUAAAGCUGCAAAUAACUACUAGGUACUGGGAUGUAUCCACAUAUGUGGAUUCGCACUGGGUAGCCGGUAGCUCGACAUCUACCUAGGUACCUAGUAGAUACUUGGGUACAUAUAACCGAUAGGCAGGUAGACCCCACCAUCCCCACCAUACCUCACUCAACUUUCAAUGCUCAUUCCUCGAUUCCAACAUCCAAGUCCAUCUUCUCCAAGCAUUGCCAAUCACAUACAUAACAAUACCUUUGACACUGAGCCGCUAUCUACUUACUUAAUGAGUAUUGUCUUUAGUGGAAACCUUUUCAUUUUAUGAGCAUCAUUGAUGCUUCUAGAGCUGGAAUCUUUCGUUUGAUUCCAUUUGUUUUUUAUGCAUUUCUACUCUCUUCCAUCUCUUUCAAUCAUCUCACCUAUUCUACCUUAAACCUCGGUACCUUCUUGUUGCUUUCCAGGUGCCUAGCUAGGUAGGCAACUGAGCAUCUGGGGUUUUCGACAACAUCUUAUGUACUUGAAUGGUAUUUAAUUGCCACAAUCGUCGCGCCAACCUGGAAUUCAACUCUUCACAAGCUCGAUCAUCGUGCCGCUACGUAUAGCGAGAUUUUCCCUGGCAGGUAAUUUGUGGCAGCCUAACGUCAAGCCAUAAAGUUUACUACCAACACGCCCUAUACGCGACCUGUAUAUCAUCAUGGCGACUCCCACCGUGAUCAACCCGACUCCCCAAACGAUUAACUCGCUUCUAUCCAAACUAUCUGACCCAGACCCUGAUUUUCGGUUCAUGUCCUUGAAUGAUCUUCAUCAGAUCCUAAUUCGAUCCAAAUCCGACUUCUUGUCCCACGAUUACAACACCUCAUCUCGCAUAACUGACAAUCUUGUUAAGAGCCUUGAUGAUCAAAAUGGCGAGGUGCAAAAUUUAGCCAUCAAAUGUAUUGGCCCAUUGGUGGCUAGAAUUCCCUUAUCUGUGCUUUCUCCAAUGCUAGAGAAGCUCAGUGUAAUCGAGAUAAAGCAUGCGGUCGAUAGUUCGCUACCUUCUCUUGCCCUGCGUACCGCUAUCACUAGCCUUCCGAGACCUGUACCCGGUGUUACCCCCUCGCGAGAGGUGGUUGAAACCUAUGGUGUGAUCAGUCGCGUUCUCAUUCCCAGAAUUCUCGGAUACUCCACCACGUCCAAGCCCUCCCAGAAGCCAACUGCUGGAUCUUAUGGCAUACUGGAUAAGAAUCAGGGUCCUACCGCCGAGUCAGUUGACGUGCUUAUCGAGGUGGUUAGAUGCUACGGGCCUAUGUUACAGCCGCUAGAGGUCGAAAAACUCCAAGAGGUGGUUGUUCAGGUGUUAGAGCAGAGCUCCAUGCCGUCCAACGUUAAGAAACGGGCUGUUGUUGCACUUGCCAUUCUUGCGCCAUAUCUCCCGGAUGAUGUUCUUGGUAACCUCGUCAACAGGAUUCAGAAAGCCUUGGAACGACCUAAGCUCAAUCCAGUUAUACGCCGCCUUUAUAUAUCUAUGAUGGGAUCACUUUCUCGUUCGAUUCCAUACAAAUUCGGUGUAUAUUUGCCUAAACUUAUUCGUUUUGUCUUAUCCCCUUUAAGUCAAGAGGAAUUACAGAGCCAGCUCGAUGCUAUCGGCGAAGGGAAUGAUGAACUCCACCCCGAGUUUAACGAAGUAAGAGAAUCAGCAUUGGUUGCGCUUGAAUCAUUCCUGGAUUCAUGUGGCCUUCAAAUGCGAGAAUAUACAGAGCAGGUAAUUGAAGUAUGUCUCCGUUAUUUGAAAUUCGACCCUAACUCAGCAAUCGACGACGACGAAAAUAUGGAUGAGGAUGGAAAUGUCGACUCAGAUGAUGAUGAGGACGAUGAGGACGACGAGUAUGAAGACGACGCGGGUUUUGAUGACGAUGAUGACGCGAGUUGGAAGGUCCGCAGAUUAGCUGCAAAGGCUUUACACACGUUAAUUUCUACGCGAAGUACGGACCUCCUAGAGACGGGGACAUUAUACGGCGAGAUCGCAUCCCCGCUAGUCAAGCGGUUUGAUGAAAGAGAAGAGAGUGUUCGACUGGAGAUCAUCAGCGCCGUGGCUCUUCUGAUCCGUAAGACUGGAGAGGGUGUAAUCCACUCUAUUUCGGGUGAUGAGGAGUCCCUGCAUUCUCUCGGAGUUAAUAGAAAGCGCCGAAGACAGAGCAGUGGUGGUUUUGUAGUCACCAGCAAGGCUCCUUACUUAGGAGCAACUGGACUGACUUCGCCUACUCGCGAGGCUGUUCCGCCAACGGGACCGCGCGCUGACCUCUCCAAAAUAACACCGCAGAUAGUUAAGGCAGCGACUAAGUUGCUGAAAGGCAAGCAAAUCGCCACAAAGCAAGCAAUCGUCAACCUGCUAGACGACUUGAUCUCGGUACAAAACGGUGGCCUGGCUGACUACUUUGAUCAAGUCAUGCAGCCAAUUAUCGACGUCACCAAGGGCAUGGCAGGUGGCGCGAGUUCGACAUCUAUAUCUUUAUCAGGUGCUGCCUCCGCCACCUCCACCACUCUACGCGUGGCCGUUCUGCACUUCACGAGUGACAUAGCCAAGACUCACUCCUCAAGUCUUUUCCAGCCUUACCUCCAAAAGAUUGUUGCCAGCGUAGUUUCUGCUGUACAUGACAGAUUCUACAAGAUCUCAAGCGAGGCUAUCCGCACGGCCGAGGAACUAGUCAAGGCCAUAACUCCGCCUCGAGCAAGGCUUACAAUUCAGAAAUACAAACCGGAGUUAUAUAAAUUAUACGAGAUCAUAUUUGAUCGUGCUUCUGCAAUUGACACCGACACCGAAGUGCGACAGCAGGCUAUUCAGGCUCUUGGAACCUUGCUUUCAAGGACAUCGUCUGCUGAUGGAAUCGGACUGCUUCCUACCGAUAAGCGUCAAGCUGGCUUGGAUCUACUUUUGGAUCGACUACGGAACGAAACAACUCGCCUCCAUGCCGUCCGAGCGAUCGACAACGUUGCAGCACAUUCUUUAAUAUCUGGCAGUCUUGAUCCAAAGUGGAUCCAAAAUGUCUCAACGGAGCUCUGCGGCCAGCUUCGAAAAGCAAACCGUGCUCUUCGUGGUGCUAGUAUCCAAGCACUGCAGCAGCUGAUCCUAAGCCCAGCGGCUAAGGGAAGUAUCAAGGCAGCGACAGCCGGCGAUAUUGUGAUGGCUAUACUACCCGUGAUUAGUACUAACGAUAGUUAUCUCUUGGGUCCAGCCUUACUUAUCGUUGCGCAGCUGCAACUGGAGCACUCGCAACUAGUUUCUACUUCCGCUUUCAUCGAUCCCCUAUGUGAAUUACUCAAGAAAAAUGUUACCGGCUUGGCGCUAGAGUCUCUCGUCACUCUUGUCACAGCCGUUGGACAGACUGGCAUGGGGAAGCCUUUGAUGGAGGGUGUCUUACGAGUUGGCGUGGCAGGCGAUCCGACCGUAAUUGGUAAAGUUGCUGGCGCCUUGUUUGUCGCAAGUGGCGACCAAGUCGGCGUCAAGGUGGAGAGCUUCAUUGACGAGCUUUCUAAAUCCAGCAAGUUAGCACCGCCUGAUACUGCUCGACAAAGCCUCGCAUUAGCAAUCUUGGGAGAGAUCGGUUUACGACUUGGACCCAAGUCUCGUCUACAACCCAACAUCUUCUUGGAGCAAUUCCACGAUGAGCCGGAUAAAGUCUCGGUGUCUGCCGCAGUGGCUCUGGGGCGUGCAGGUGCAGGAAACGUGUCCGUGUUUCUACCAGUCAUUCUAAACGCAAUCAAGACACAAGGAAGUCAGCAAUAUCUGCUUCUCCAGUCCAUCCGCGAGAUACUCCAUCAGGCAAUCGCAUCCUCCAUUGAUAUCAGUUCGUAUGAAAGCGAAAUCUGGCAAUUGCUAUUUUCGGCGUCUAGUCUCGACGACAACAAGGCAAUUUGUGCAGAAUGCAUAGGGCGCCUGGCUAUCAUGGAGCCGAAGACUUAUAUGUCGAAGCUUGAAGAACUCCUAAGGGACCCAUCGCCGGUAUUUAGAGCGGUAGCUGUACAGGCACUUCGAUACACACUGCCAGAUAGCGACGAAUCGUUUGAUUUGAUGCUUAAGACAGUAUUGUAUGACAUGCUGUUGACAGUGUUAAGCGACAAAGAUAUGGAGAUCCGCCGCCUAGGCAUGACAGCACUGAAUUCCGCGGCCCAUAACAAGCCCGACCUAAUUCUACCGCAUCUCGGCGAGUUAGUGCCUUACGUCAUGGCAGAGUCUGUGAUCAAGCCAGAGCUUAUCCGCGAAGUUCAGAUGGGUCCAUUCAAGCACUUCGUCGAUGACGGACUGGAAGUUCGCAAGAGCGCAUACGAGACUCUGUACGCUCUGAUGGAGACGGCUUUUUCUCGUGUCAGUUCGCUCGAGUUUUAUGACCGCGUUAUUGCGGGUCUUAACGAUGAAAAUGAUAUCCGAUCUCUUUGCAACCUUAUGCUCAGUAAGCUGAUCGUGAUUGACCGCGAAGAGACGACGCGACGCCUGGACCGUGUGGCUGAAUGUUAUCGCAAGACGUUGUCUACAAAGCUCAGGGAUGGUGCGGUGAAGCAAGAGGUUGAAAAGCAAGAAGAAGCUAUCAAGAGCGUCCUUCGCGUUACCCUUCUGCUGGUAGAGAAAACUAAGACGAUUCUCCCGAGAACGAAUACAGAACCGAGUGGGGCGCAGGGGCAAAGCCAGGUGCAGCCGUCGGUGCAAAAUCCGAUUUGGCAGCAAUACUGGGAAUGGGUUAAUAAGGAUUUUGAGCGGCAACUCAAGGCGGUGCGCGAUGAGAAUAGGGAGAUGAGCAUGUAAGGGGAAAGGCGGAGGGAAAAAAGAAGGAAGCGACAAGAGUGGUGUGCUACAAUGACGAUGAAUAGAGGACUACCUGAGUAGUAAUUCGUUAUGACUAGAUGAGUUACGGAUGAAUUGACUACAAGACCAACCUACACUACUGCAAUACGCAUGCUGUCACUGUUGAUUUCAGGGGUUCGUAUGGUAUUGUACAACUUCAAUGCUCUGCUAGGGGUGUAAAGAGCUAUGACCAUGUUCAGUGGACGAAGCUAAAAUAAUGACGUAUAGGAAAUGGAUAUUAGGUGCAUUUAACUGGGUCUAGGACCCACACAAGCUCGGGAGAGGUAGGAAUCGUGAACAAUACAUGACAUCGAAGAAUUGGAAUGGCAGGGACGAUGCGCCGUAACGAGUUCUUUUUUUUUUUUUCUUUUUUUUUGUGAGAGCGCAAGGGUGAUGGAUUUGGUUAUUUUGAGUUUGUGCGGCUGCCAUUUAGUCAAGAGGGUUGAGAUAGAUAGAGGUA